AUGCAGGUGUCUCCGCAGCUGCAAGUUUCCUGUGUUGGCUGUUCGUUUUUGUCCUGCAGCCAGCCUGCAGCCAUGGAGAGGGAAACCUUCUGGGAGCUGCAUCGCAAACUGGCUGACUGCUAUGCUUAUGACAUGGCCGAGCGCGGCGGGAUAGACCGCAAGGCUAGUCUCCUGUCACAGUCAGAUCGACGCAAUAGCCUCCAGAGACGGCUGAGCCUUCAGAGUGUGCAAAAGGAAAGUUCGAUGACCUCAGCUAUUGAGGAUGCUCCGAGGUCACCUAAUUCGCAGCAACGCCCAAUGAGGAUGGUAUCCUUCGACCGGAACUCAACCAUCAAGGUUAUCGACUUCGAUGCCACUGAGGCCGUAAGAGUGAUGCCUUCCACAGUCUCUGCCCCUAUACCAGACGAGGUCAACUUUACAGACACUGCCAAAGCCAGGGCCUCCCUACGGCAACGACGGAGGAGCACCAUGAACGAAUUGCUCAGUGCCCAGGGGCUCAAGAGCCACAGUAGCCUAGGAGAUUCUGACGAUGAGGCUUGGGAUAUCACGAAGGUCAAGUUGCAUGCCCACAAGUGUUGGCUGCAAGAUGAGGGCCCAGAUAACGAGAUUUCCCAACGUUUGCAGUCACUUUCCAAAGGCAUCAACCAGACCGCAGACCAAUCCCAAAUGCAUGGCAGUGAAUUGGAGACCCCCUACGAAAUGGAAGACCAGCCCACAAUGCUGCACCCAGCGGGGGUUCUGCGAACCACCUGGAACAUUAUGGUGGCCAUAUGCUUGAUUCAUGACUUGGUGGUGAUUCCCCUGUAUGUCUUCGACAUACCCGACUCAUCGCUCCUAGUUGCGCUGGAGUGGUUUACUCAGCUCUUCUGGAACAUCGACAUUGCCAUGACCGUGCGUACAGGCUACUACUACAAAGGCCUGCUGAUCAUGGAUCCGAAAAAAGUCAUCCGCAACUAUGUGAGGACCUGGCUGGUCUUGGAUGUGACUUUGGUAUCCUUGGACUGGGGCUUCGUUCUCCUAGAAUUAUCAGGUGUGCAAGUAAACUCUGUGGCGCAGCUCUCGCGCACGAUACGAUUCCUGCGCUUUCUUCGUCUGGUCCGAAUCUUACGCUGGGUGAAGCUACGCCGGAUGGCCGAAAUGUUCCAGGAGCUCGUUCAGUCGCAAGCGGCCAGCAUGUACUGGAGCCUGCUGUUUGGCAUUGCGCGCCUCAUCAUCUUGAAUCACCUGAUCGCUUGCUGCUGGUUCGGCAUAAGUCGUUUGGAAAAUGCCAGUGACAAUUGGGUGGAGCACGCUCGCCUUUCUGACACACGCCCCGAGCACAUGUAUGCUGCAUCCAUGAAUUGGGCAUUCGCUCAGCUGGGCGUGGGCGUGUCCGACGUCAGUCCUCGCACUACUCUGGAGACCUACUUCUGCAUUAUUAUUGCUUUCCGAUCCCUGAUCACCUGCACCACUCUCAUCAGUCGUAUGACCUCACUCAUGACGGCGCUGAUCAAGGCAAAGGAGGAUGAGGAGCGCGAGUUCCGCCUCCUGCGCAGCUAUCUGGUCUUCAACGAGAUCCCCCAUCGUUUGGGACAGAAAGUUACCCGUUUCCUUCAACAUCAGUUCAGCUUAAAGCAACAGGCGAAGACAGCGGACUUGCACGUGCCUCUGCUGGACCUCCUAUCCCAUCAACUCCAGGGGGAGCUCCAGUUUGCCCGGCACCGGGCUUCCCUCGCCAAGCUCGAAUUCCUGGACCACCUCAUGGACCACCUCGACCGGCAGAUUGUGCGAGUGAUGCAUGAGCUGUGCACCACAGCCUUGGACUGCCUGCCGGUGGCUGCCAAGGACCUGGUCUUCCUGGGUGGGUCGGCAGCCCGAAAGUGCUACCUGAUCCUCGCUGGUUCGUUUGCCUACCAUCACGACGACGGCAGUGAGAAGGUGGAUGACUCUGAGUCCUGCGGCUGGAUUGCGGAGAUGUGCCUGUGGACACCGUGGGUCUACUUGGGCGAUCUGGUGUCGGAUGAUGUCUCUCGCAUUGUCGAGAUGGAUGCAUCCUUGUUUGGUCAAAUCUUGAGCCAAUCUCCAGCCACAUACGAGCAUGCCAAAGACUAUGCCAAGAACUUCUUGAGCAUGAUGCGUGGCCAAACGUCUUGGAGCGAUCUUCGCCAGGGCACAGCAAGAGACGACAUCUCGGUUGGUAAUAUGAGCCGCGUCGUUUCCAUCAAGAAGCCACAAUCUUCUUCGUUUUGCUGCCGUAAGAAGGCAAAACCGCGAGUCGCUCAUGAAGAGUUGGGAUGA